UAACUUCAACUCCUCCCUCUCUUUCUCCUGUUUGCCUGCCCCACCCCCCCACCCAACUCUUACCCCUGUGACCCCCUAGCCCAAACCAUGCCUGAGGCCCCGAAACCAUCCCCGCCGCGGUCCCCCUCCAGCUACAACCUCUCCGAGAAGAACCGCAAAGCGCUCGAGUUCAUCGAGGACGUGACCUCCCGCCCUGACGAGGUCCAGGGCCGCGUCCUGUCCGAGAUCCUGUCCCGCAAUGCCCACGUCGGGUACCUGCGCCGCCACAACCUAGAGGGACGGACCGACCGCGAGUCGUUCAAGCGGCUCAUCCCCGUCAUCACGUACGAGGACAUUCAGCCCGACAUCUCCCGCAUCGCCAAUGGGGACAAGUCCCCCGUCCUCUGCUCCCACCCCAUCUCUGAGUUCCUCACUAGCUCUGGCACAUCGGGAGGGGAGAGGAAGCUGAUGCCUACAAUUGAGGAAGAGCUGGACAGGAGGAGUUUGCUCUAUAGCCUGCUAAUGCCGGUGAUGAGCCAAUUCGUCCCGGACCUCGACAAGGGCAAAGGAAUGUAUUUCCUCUUCAUCAAAUCCGAGGCGAAGACCCCCGGCGGGCUCGUAGCCCGACCCGUCCUCACGAGCUACUACAAGAGCUCUCACUUCAAGAACCGGCCCUUCGACCCGUACACCAACUACACCAGCCCGAACGAGGCCAUCCUCUGCCCUGACUCCUACCAGAGCAUGUAUUCCCAGCUCCUCUGCGGCCUCUGCCAGCGCAUGGAAGUCCUCCGUGUCGGGGCUGUGUUCGCCUCCGGCUUCAUCCGGGCCAUCCGGUUCCUCGAGAAACACUGGCCCCAGCUCUGCUAUGACAUCCGCUCUGGCAUCCUGAGCUCCGACAUCACCGACCCGUCGGUCCGUGAGGCGGUGUCGCGGAUCCUGAGGCCAGACCCUGCUCUUGCGAACUUCAUCGAGGCCCAGUGCGGGAGCCAGUCCUGGGCUGGGAUCAUCACCAGGCUGUGGCCCAACACCAAGUACGUGGACGUGAUCGUCACGGGCACUAUGUCGCAGUACAUCCCGACCCUCGAUUAUUACAGCAACGGGCUGCCACUCGUGUGCACCAUGUACGCGUCCUCGGAGUGCUACUUCGGGGUCAACCUCAAUCCGAUGUGCAAGCCGAGUGAGGUGACCUACACAUUGAUCCCCACCAUGGCGUACUUUGAGUUCCUCCCCGUGAAUAGGAACACCAAUGGGGCCACUAACCCGCUUUCCAAGCCCAGAUCGCUCAAUGAGAAGGAGCAGCAGGAGCUCGUUGACCUUGUUGACCUCAAGCUUGGUCAGGAAUAUGAACUUGUUGUCACCACUUAUGCUGGGCUCUACCGUUAUAGAGUCGGGGAUGUGCUCCGGGUGGCAGGGUUCAAGAACAAGGCGCCUCAGUUCAACUUCAUAUGCCGCAAGAACGUCGUCCUGAGCAUAGACGCGGACAAGACCGACGAGGUCGAGCUCCAGAACGCAGUCAGGAAUGCCCUCAACCACCUCACGCCAUUCGGUGCCACUGUGACAGAGUACACGAGCUACGCCGACACCACCACCAUCCCAGGGCACUACGUGCUGUUCUGGGAGCUGGCCCUGAAUGGGUCAACCGCGAUCCCGCCCUCAGUGUACGAGGACUGCUGCCUGGCAAUUGAGGAGUCCCUCAACAGCGUGUACCGGCAGGGGCGGGCAUCGGACAAGUCAAUCGGGCCCCUGGAGAUCAGGAUUGUGGAGAGUGGGACGUUUGACAAGCUCAUGGACUGCGCCAUUAGCUACGGGGCCUCGAUCAACCAGUACAAGACCCCUAGGUGCGUGAAGUUUGCGCCUCUCCUCGAGGUGUUGAACUCGCGGGUCACAUCGAACUACUUCAGCCCGAAGUGCCCCAAGUGGGUUCCGGGCCACAAGCAAUGGUGCAAUCAAGAACUCAAGCAGUAGAAUGGAGGGAAGUGGGAAAUUAAGGUUGAUGAAUCAACUGAGCAAUCAUGUCUUUAAUUAGGAAACUUUAAGGACCUUUUUCUCUUAAUUAGAUUAACCCAUGUCUUUCUUUGUCCCUUUUCUUUUUUCCUUUUUUUCUUAUUUUUCAUUUUUCUGAUGUUACUUUGUCCCUUUUUUCUUUAGUAUUGGUGGGAGGCUCUUUAAUUGACCAUGUACAAAAACAGUUUCAUGUCUCAAGGUUAAUUAGCUCUUUCUAA